AUGCAAAGGCCUGUCACGGACCGGCCAGGCCUACAAAAACACGGCCUGGUUGAUGCUCUGGUACCAACUGUAACCCGAAAAAACGUCUCAAACAAGAAUCAUCAGGAUAGUAUGGAAAUCGUACACAAGACAGCAUUUCCACCUUAUUCUAUAACAUUAAAAAACUCACAACACAAUGAACAACGUACAGAUCGCAAAUUAGUUGAACAUCUAAUUUUAGAAUGGAAAAAUAAAAAUGGAUUCGAACUGGACAUUACUGGUCGAUUUGGGCAUGAAAAACGGAUUUUAAUUUUUGCUAACAAUGAAACAACUUUUGAAGAAUUAUUUGAUCAACAUAAACCCAGGUCGAACAGUCCGGCCUGGAAACGGCCAGUUCCAGUUGAUUCCGUUGAUUUUGUGGAGACAGUAUU